AUGUAAUAAAUUUUCAUAAAUUUAUUUCAUUUUUGCUAUGGAUAUCAGGAUUUUUAUUAUUUGUUGUAACAUUAAAAAAAGGAUGUUAUAGAUAUUAAUUUAGGUAAAAAUAAAUAAUAAAUUUAAGAAAUAAAAAUAUAUAGAUUAUUUGCAUUAAUACACUUAGCUUUAUUAUUAGUUAUUGCAUAAACAUCAGUAAUAGUAAUGAAUAUAUUAGAUGGAAUAGUAUGGUUUAUACUUCCUAUAUUAUUAAUAACAACGAAUAAUAUUUUCACAUUUUUAUUUAGUAAGCUAUUUGGAAAAACAACUUUUAUAAGAACAUGUCCAGGAAAAACUUUAGAAGGAUUUAUUUUAGGAUUUUUAUGCACAUUAAUAGGAUCAUUUAUAAUUUCCUAUGGACUUUAAUAGCAUUAAUAACUUCUUUGUUCAAAUAUAAAUAAUUUAAAUAUACAACCAUUCUUAUUUAAUAAAUGCGAAAUAAAUUUAAUUUUUUAAAUAUAACCCUAUAAAACUCAUUAUUUAAUAUAAUAUUUUUUUAAUAUAAAUGAAAUAUAUAUUUCUAAAUUCCAAAUACAUUCUGUUGUAUUGAGCGCUUUUGGAUCACUUAUUGCACCUUUUGGAGGUUUUUUUACAUUAGGAUUUACAAAGGCUCUAAAAAUUAAAGAAUAUGGGGAAACAUAAAAUAUCUAUAAUGGAAUAAGUAAUAAUAUUGAUUGCUUUUUAUUGAUGGUAAUUUUUAUUAUUAUAUAUUAUAUAUUUUUUAUAAAUAAGGGAACUUUUACAUAUAUUUAUUUACAUUAAGUGGUAUUUUCAUAAAAAUUCUUUGAUACAAUAUAAUUGUUUAAAAUAAUUAACUAAUUAACUGUAGAAGAUUAAUUAAAAAUUUAUAAUGAACUAAAAAUUUUGCUUUAACAAAAAAAUAUAUUACAAUAAUAAUGA